AAUAAAAAGAAAUGUUUUCUCGACCAAUGGAAUAUUCUUUAAGAUUUCUUGGACUUUGGUCAGGCCAUAAUAAUAAUCUUUUUUACAUUUUUUUUAUAUUAUUAAAUAUUGUAACAGUGGGUUCACAAAUUUGGAAUGUCACUACUAUUUAUGAUAAUUUGGAAAUAUUUUCAUCGAAUAUUAGUAAUAUUAUAAUGGUUACGACGUUAUUUGUGAAAAUAAUAAUUUCAUGGAGGAAGCAAAGAUAUAUGAAGGAGGUUUUAGUCGAAAUGAUGGAUGAUUGGUGUCAAAUAAAAAAACCUGAACAAUUAUUAGUUAUGAAAAAUCAUGUGCAAUUUUCUCAUAAAUUUUUUGUUUGUACAUUAGUUAUGUAUAAUUUUACAAUACUAAUGUUUCCAAUUGUUGCACUACAAACAUAUUUUACCGAGUCUAAUGUGGAAAAUAGACGUUUACCAUUAUUGGUAAAAUUUCCUUUUCCUAUAAAAAAAUCACCAUUCUAUGAAAUUAUUUAUAUCUCGCAGGCUAUUCUUCUUAUUUUGGUUGGUAAUAUCUAUGUUGUCUUAGACUCAUCAUACGCAGCUAUGAUAAUGCAUGCUGCGACUAAACUUGAAAUUAUAAGAUUUGAAUUGGAAAAUUUUGUAAAUAAUGUCUUAAAAUUAGAGAAAAAAUCGACUAUAAAUAUUUUGUUUCAAAAGCAUCAUGAAGUAACACAAUUUGCAAUUAGAGUUGACGAAAUUUUUUCUCUACAGUUAUUUUUUAAUUUCUCAUUAUCGACACUCCAACUGUGUUUUAAUGGGUUUAUGUACUUAAUGAAUUUAUCUGAAAAUAAUCUCAAUAUGCUACUAAAAGAUACAUUCUUGUCAAUGUCUGUACUAACUCAACUUGGAAUUUAUUGCGCUUUGGGAGAAUAUCUUCAAUCUAAGUGUUAUUUGAUUGCUGAAUCAGCGUAUUUUAUUCCUUGGUAUGAAUUAAAAUACAAUGAUGCAAAAAUUAUCUUGAUGUUUAUACAAAGAGCUCAAAAACCAUCGACUAUUACAGCAGGAAAAUUUAUUGGUGUGUCGCAUGUCACUUUUUUAAAAAUGAUUAAAACUGGAGUGUCAUACCUAUCAGUACUUCGAGCAGCGAGAGUCUAAAUUGAAGAUGAAAAAGAAACUUUGAAAAUAGAUUACUUUUUUACCCAAA